AUGAUACCGUUCAGUGGUACCGUUUCUGGUCUUAUGAUUGAUUUCGUUGCAGACUGUUGUGGUCUUAAUGAUGUAAUACGUGUUGAGAAUAUUCAAGAAAAAAUUCAAUCAGCUUUAGAAGAAUAUUGUCGAACGCAAAGGCCUCACCAGAUUGGUCGCUUCGGACGACUUUUAUUACGAUUACCAACGUUGAGAUCAAUCAGCCCAAAUAUUAUUGAGCAAUUAUUUUUUGUAAAGCUAAUCGGCAAGACACCUAUAGAUUUUCUUUUGCGGGAUAUGCUUGGAAGUCAGACUGAUAAUUUAAUAAAACCAUUUAUAUGGCCUCAUCAGUUAAGAUCCUAA